AUGCGUAACCAAAGUGGUUUUCAGCUUGUCGAAACUGCAAUUCUAAAACUAUGUGUACAUUUGGCCGAAAACAGUCCCUUCAUCCGCGGUUGGGGCUAUGAGAGCUGGGAGGAGUUGGUCAACUCCUUAUCAAACGUUGAUGUUGAAGAUCUCUUGAUCUUUCUCGAAGGGCAUCAUGCAUAUCACGUUAAGGCUUUGUUGUACCGAUGGAAUGGCAGUGUUGAGGCCGCUUUUGAUAUUUGGAGGAGUCUAGCACUUGAAGUCUUAACCGAUGUGCACUUUCCUGGUCCAGAUUUUUUUACGGAUGCGCUAUUCACCACUCUGACAUCACCAGAUGCGUGCAAAUGCCAUAUCUUUUCCUUCAUUGACCAUCACGGAGAAUCUGGUGGUGUCAACAGUGAAUCCGCCUUAACAGGUAGCACAGUGUACGUAGAACUCGUCGCGCGCCACCUGCAGGACCUUCUGAGUGUAGGUGGGGAGCGCGCUGCGGAGCUGGCAGACUGUCUGUUGCAACGCCUCGCCUGUAUCACUAAGUGGGACGGUGCUGGCGCCUCCACAAACACUGCCAAUGCUAAGGCCUCCACUUUCGUCUUCGCGCCUACCAGCCUCCUCAAAUGCCUUCUACCGCGGUAUCCCAGUUUGGCGGAGAACUUUCUUUGGUAUCGGAUCUUCAAAGCUGGCGAUAAGGAGUCUUCAAGACAUACACUACUUGCUGAGUUGCAAAUGGACCUCCUUCUUAAGUAUGCUGAAGCAAACGAUGCUGAACGCCUUGAGAGGCAAAGGCGCCGCUUCCGAUACACUCUUUCUCAAUUGGAAGACUGCCAAACGGGAAAACUUCUGGAAGCCUUAAAGUCAUCGCCUUCGGCCUCUCUUUUCGCUGAAGAAUAUGUCACUCUUUUGGGCAAACUCAAAAAAUACAACGAAGCAUUGGAGCUCCUUUUGCUGAGGAAGCGCGACCUUGAUGCUGCUCUGCGCUUUUGCGCGUGGUGUGCUACCUUAGAAGCACGGCAGAAGGUAGCAGAACAAAGUGUUCUUUGGUGUCAUCAAGAUAAAAAUGCUUCUAAGGCCUCCUCUCAGGUGCCUUUGACACCACACGUCUACACUGUUCUUAUACAACUUCUUCUUUGCAGCUCAGACAAGCUUCUACUCGAACAAUCAAAAAAAUUGUUGGAGAGGGAUAUCCCGAACCUCGAUUUCGUGGAGAUCUGCAAGGCCCUCCCUGAAGACUGGCCUCUCACUAACACCGCCUCCGCAUUCCUGACGCGUGCGCUCAAGUCGACGCUGACACGCGUAUCCGCUUCCAACAUGGAGCUUGGUCUGGCUGCGCGCCUUGCCUCUGCAUCGCAAACAGAGGCGGUGGCUUCCAUUUCACACGGACUUCCUGUGACUGAGGCAUCCCUCUGUGCCUGUUGUCAGCUCCCCUUGAGCGCUUACGGCUCCCAUCGACCCUUCGCCUGGAUCCUUGCCCCUGAUCAUUCUCCUUUUAGCGUUGUCCAUCUACACUGCCUCCAGGCGGACAGCAAACUAUGA